AAGAAGCGCCCAUCCUCGCCGACCGCCACCUGAGAAGAAGAACCCAGAUGUGCACGAGCGGGGUGCCCCUUCCGUCCUCCCCUGAAGCCCAGAUUCUUCAUAGCGUAUCAGAUUCUUUAUGAAUCGAAAUCUCGAUUCUCAAAUCUUGUGGGAGUAAAUCAUGAACCUGAAAACUUGAGAAUUUCUUCCGACUAUCCCCAGGUUUUUGCUUUGCUGAUGGGCUUGCAUCACUUGCUCUUAUGCGCCAAGGGAUGAAAGAUAAAUCUAGUGAUGCGGCUUUUGAUUGGAAUGUCACUGGUGCCUCUAUAUGCUAUCUUGGUGUUGAGAGCAUUUGUUACUUCCUCUUGACACUUGGGCUUGAAAUCUUGCCUUCCUACAAGGAGUGGUGGAGUAUUAAAAGUUUCCAACAUGAUGGUUCUUCUUAUUCAGAACCUUUUCUGGGAUCCUCUGCAGAAAAAGUUGCUCUUGACUUUGAUGAAGACACAGAUGUGGCAAUGGAAAGAAACAGAGUACUUUCAGGUUCCAUUGAGAAUGCUAUCAUUUACUUGCGUAAUCUUCGAAAGAUGUAUCCUGGAGGAAAAGUGGCAGUGCAGUCUCUGUCUUUCUCAGUUCAAGUGGGGGAAUGUUUUGGCUUUUUAGGCACAAAUGGAGCAGGAAAGACAACCACUCUGUCAAUGCUUUCUGGAGAGGAAUCUCCAAUAGAUGGAUCAGCUUACAUAUUUGGGAAAAAUAUUUGCUCCAAUCCAAAGGCAGCUCGUUAG